CUGUCUCCUUCUCCCUAGUUCCAUUUUCGCCAAUAUUCAGAAUCAAAUGCCUGAAUUGCACCGAUAGGCCGCUGGUAUGGUUUGGGGCAGUUUGACAUUCCAUGCAUGAUACUUUCCACUAGCGGCACUUGUUGCCAAUAUAAAUAUAAACAACCAUCAGUGAUCCAAGAUGUGAUGGAAAGUAGCACUUAUUAGAUAAAGGCUAAUCAGCUAGAAGGGAGAGUAGUGAAAUACAACAGUAAUAUUGAUGCUGGUGGAGUUUCUUCUUGGCAAGUCUGUCACAAGUGCUAAAGAAACAACUCAGUGCCUUGUACUAUCAACAACAAAAUUAGCUGCAUUGACCAACAUGCUAGAAUCUAAAUUAGAAGGUCGAGUGGAUCUCCAGAGGCAAGUAGGCAACAAAAAUAAAAUUUGGGCAUGUUAAAGGGAGGUAGAUUUGUGUAUCCUUGGUAAUAAUUUCAGCAAGAGAUGAACCAAGGAAGGUGGGUUUAGAAUGAAAACAAUUUCAUGUAUAAAGUCAAAUUCUGUAUGAGAUGCAUUAGGAACAGAUUCAAGCAAUGAUAAUCUUCUCAAUGCUAAUCACGUAUUAGCAUGCUUUGUGCAAAAAUUGGAGGUUCAUGAAGUUAGCUGCUGCUGGUGAUCCAUCAUAAUAAAUUCUGGAACACACUGUUCCUCCUCUGAUGAAUGGAUAGAAUUCUUGAAUCUGAUCUUCACCUGUAUGACUAGUCUGAACAAGGAGCCUAAUUAUAGAAACCAUUGGUUUGGGGAUUUGCAGACUGAUCUAGGAAGUGGUGAAUGAAGGGGAUAACUAUGAACUAGGAAAUGAGAGUUGUUCCAACCAAAUGGCAGUCAUAAGCAUCAUUCAAAAAAUUGCUCUCUAGAUGGUUUGGAGUCUUCUGUCCUCAAUAUGAUUCUGCAUGCCAUCACCAUGAAGGGUUUUACAGAACCAGAUGAUAUUGUGCUUGAGAUCAUGCUUAUCAUACAAUGUAUCUCAGUGGCUGACGUUAUUCUUCAGAAAACAAAGCAAGAGACUAUGAUCAAUCAUUUUUUGUGGAAAAAAGAGUGGCUACACUUCCAAACAAAUAACUAACUGUCCUGAAUACAUGAUGGCACAAGAAAAUUGUAAGCAGCUCUCUGGAAAAUAAAAGAUGUAACAGAUACAAUGGUCCAUGUGUGAUAGUCAGGCAUGGAUACCCGUGAAACAAGUAUUUGCGCCCCCUCCCAGCAAUAUUUUCAUUCCGAAGGGGUCAAAUUGAUCCUAUUGUUUGAAGUUUGGAUAAUACCAGAGGAGUUAAAAGGGUGAUUUGCCUAGUGGAAUUUGUUGUUCCUAGUUCAUGGAUCCCUGACUUCAAAUCAUGUGAAGAAAUCUAUCAAAAGAGAGAAGAGAAGGCUAUGAAAAUUGAGAGCUUGGGAGAAAACAACAUUCAUACGAGUGAAAUCUAGCUCAAACAACUCCUUUAGUUACUAAUGUAACUAGUUAAAAAAUAACAGGAAGAAUCUGCUUCCACCUUCCAAGUGUUUGAUGAUCAUUCGUCUCAUAUUGAUGUAAAGUUCUUUACACAAAGAAUGAAAUCAAGGUUUUACAUCCCGAUGGGAUGGCCAGGGGGCAUCUUGGCCGUCCUAUCUUGUUCUUGUGCAAAAAUGGGAUUGGGACGAGCUCGGAACUCUGAAAUCCAUCUAUGUAGAAGAGAAGAAGAAAGAGGAAAGAAAGGAAGGAAAGAUGAAGGUGGAAAAUAUGGGUAAAAGCAAUGCACCUCUCUCUAGGAUUGUAUUAAUAUUUAUAGAGAUAUGUACAGAUGACUUAGCAUAAAUGGACAUGUACAAAUAAGGUAUCGAAGUAAAAAAUUAAAUAAGCCUAAUAUACUACUGCCAUAAAUAAAUCUAAUGCCAUAAAUAUAAUAGUACUCUAACAUCCCCCCACAACCUGAACAUCUCGUGGUCAAAUGUGAAGAUUGGAUCAAAGUAGAGUAAACUGGGAAGUGGACAAUGGCUUCGCGAAGAUAUCAACAAGUUGCUUGUCAGAAGAAAUGUGAAGAAGAGACAAAUCACCCAUUUGAACUUUCUCUCAUAGAAAAUGAUGAUUAAGCUCAGUGAGCUUGGUGCGCGCAUGAAGAACUGGAUUGGUAGCAAUAUAAGUGGUGUUAAGAUUGUCACAGUAAAUAGAGAUAGACGGCACAAGGGCCAUGCCAAGAUCUCAAAAAGAGAGCGAAUCCAGAUGGUUUUAGCAGGCGUGAAUGCGACAAUGUGAUAUUCAGCUUCGAAGCUCGAUCGAGAUAUAGUAGGCUAUUUCUUAGCAAACCAAGAAAUAAGAUUUAGACCCAGAAAGAUACAAAAAUAAGAAUUGGAGUGCUGAGUAUCAGGACAUCUUGCUUAGUCUGCAUGUGAAUAGACCACUAAGGACAGACACUGGCAUCAAGAAAAUUAAAGCCCAUAGGAUAAAGUACCACAAAUAUAGCGAAGGAUGCAUUUGACAGUUUGGAAAUAUGGUUUACAUGAAGCAUGCAAAAAUAGGGCCACGAGGUUGACAGUAUAAGAAAUGCCUGGAUGAGUGAAAGUAAGAUAUUGCAAAGCCCUCACGAUUUGAUGGUGUAAGAGUCCUUAAGCAGGCGAUCUUUGUGAGCGGAUAGAUUGGUGUUAAGUGCAAGAGGAGUAGAGACCGACUUGCUAGAGGAGAAACCAUGAUGCUCCAGGAGGUUAUGAGCAUACUUUUGUUGAUUAAGGAAUACACUACUAGUCGAAUUAGAUACUUCCACUCCUAGGAAGUAAUAAAGCGGGCCUAGAUCUUUCAUGGCAAACUCAGCAUGCAAGAUGGAUAUUAAGGAAGCCAAUAGAGAGGACGAGCUACCAGUUGACUCUCCUAGAAACCCAACACAGAAAGAAAAGAGGUAAAUUGUUGAAACCAGGCAUGGGACACCUAUUUUUUGAGCCCAUAAAUAGCCUUACGCACUCGACAAACAUGGUUGGGGUAGGACAGUGCACAAAAUUAGGUGGCUGCAUCAUGUAGACCUCCUCAGACAACACCCGUGAAGGCAUUUUUAACAUCUAACUGUCAAAGAGACUACUUAGAAGAGACAGCAAUAGACAAGAUAGUGCGAAUAGUAGUAAGCUUAACUAUUGGGGAGAAGGUCUCAUUGAAGUUGAUCUUCGAUUAUUGUUUAGAGCCUUGAGCAACCAACUGAGCCUUGAGGCACUCCAAAGAGCCAUUCACAUUCUGUUUGACUUUGAAGACCCACUUGAUGCUGAUGAGAUUAACAAAGGGUGGCGAAGGCACAAGAUCCCAAGUAGCAUUGGAGAGUAAGGCUUGAUAUUCAUCCAACAUUGCUUGUCGCUAAUCUACAUGUUGAAAGGCUUUAGAAAAAGAGUGAGGUUCAGUAGGUAAAGUAGAAGCCAUGAGAGAAGAGGACAUAUCUCACUUUCGGAUAAGGGAUCUUGUGAGCAUAGGAUGGGUGUGAAUAGGAAACAAUGUAAGAGCGACAGAGGGUGGUGGCUUAGUCGCAUCCAAAGAAUUGGUCCCAACAAUUGGAUAGGUCUCAGCCAGUCCGAGCGAGGAAUUGGUCCUUUAUUGUGGACCGGUCUGAUUUGGGAGUGUAGGAUUGGAUGUGGUUUCGGUUGUGACUGGGGGUUCCAUUUUAGAUUUAGGAGGAUGAGGUCUUUUAUUAUAGAUAUGAAGUUGUUUUGGAUUGCCAGAUGAGAUAUGUGUCUCAGUCCUAGGUGGAGAGAAGGUAGAGAUCUCGUUGAUAGGCAAUCCUUCCAAUCGGGAGGAAUCUAGUAAAAUAUUAGGAGUAGAGUAUCUAGAAGAAUUUGAAGCAGAAUUAUUGUUAGGAAGAAAAACAAAUUUUGAGAUUGCUUUGAGGGUAGAGGGAUCAUGAUGCAGCCUAGACUAUGCUUUGAUGGAAAAGAGAGAAGGAAGACGUACGAAACAAGAGAACAGCAAAAGUAAAAAGAAACUAUAAUCUAAAGUUUUGAUUCAAUAACAAAGAAAAUAGACUGACUACAAUAUUAGCCUAAAGGAUUGUAUUUAUAGAAGAAAAAAACCGAACUUAACGCCUAAGCAAUCUUAAACAAAAUAGGAAAAAGAUUAAGACUUUCAAUUCGUCCAAAUCCUUCGGACUCUGUUGAUCUGUCAAAUGAUGGAAUCUAGCCCUGAAACUAGCUAUGAUGGCGAAGCGGUCAGGCUCGUAGAGCACAGAAGAGUUUUCAGAAUUGGGGUCUUAUAAGCGAUUCUGACUGUAGAUGUGAGAGUUAUGCCCAUUUUAGCAUGGCAGGGUCAAAAUCUGGUUGGGUCAGGCAUAAUCAGCUUGAUUUCUUGUCCUUUUAGACCUGGUCCAUCAAAUCAAGGUAUUUACUAGUUAAGACAUCUACAUCAGAUCAUUACCUAACAGAGGUGGAUUUGUCAACAAAAAUUGAAAUAAUUGAAAAUUUGAAUGAGAAUGGGUAGAGUCAGUAAAUUUGAAGAGAUGAGUAUGGAAAAUAGAUUCAAUGAAUGUAACAUAUCAAGAAAUAUAAACUUUUCCAGUACUUGGAUAAAGGCAUCAGAACCCUUUGUGUUUAUUAGAAAUUUUCAAGUAAACAUAAGGUAGAGACCGAGGAGAGAGCUUAUGAUUGGCGAUGUUCUGUAGAUCUAGACAGCACAAGCAUCUGAAUAUCUUUAAAAGUUGCAAGUCAUAAGGAGGAUAGCCAUACAAGAUAUAUUAAGGUGAUUUGCCCUUUAAACAAUAAUAGAGAGAAUAUGAUUAAUGAGAAAAACACAAUUUGAAUCGCAUCAGCCCAAAACUUAGCAGGCAUGCAAGAUUGAAAAAGUAUAGUUCUAACAAUAUUAGCAAUGUGUCUAUAUUUUCAUUCAGCUACCCCAUUUUGUUGUAAUGUAUGUGGACAAGAAAUUCUAUGAAGUAUACUACAUUUAUGAAAUAAAGUAAGGAAUUUUUUAUGAAUUAUACUACAUUUUCAACUAAAGCCUUAAAUUCAAAAAACUUGUCAAACACCUCAUUCUUGAAUUUUAAUAAACAUACCUAUGAAUAAUGAGACUGAGAGUAAUCAUCCACAAAUAGAACAUAAUAUUUGAAACCAAAAACAAAAUUAAUAGGUGCUUGCCAUAUAUCAGAAUGAAUCAGUUGAAAAGAAAAAGUCGAAAAAGAAUCAUAUUUAUUAAAGAAAAGUUUUACAUGUUUGCCAAUAUGACAUGUAUUAUAAUGAGACAAAUUUAUUCUAGAUUCAAAGAGCACAUUAGUCUCUUUCAUAAACUUAGACAAAACCAAUUGACUCAGAUGACCUAACCUCCUAUGGCAAAGAUCGUUGCUAAAUGUCAUAGCAACCAAAGCAGAUUGACAUUCUGCAUGUACUCGGUCAUGCUCAUUGUUCGCUUAUUUAUGUUUUGAAGUUCCGGCUUGAGAGAGAAUGUGGUGGAUGUAAUUUUAUCUAAUAAAUAUGCUUCAAUCGCCGUCCAGGCCUCGCGCGCUAUCUUUGGUGAAGUGGAUAUCACCAUCUAUAAAAUGCUCAAAGACAACUUCGCAUUAAUCCAUGACAGUAUGGUUGUAUCUUCUUUCUUUUAGAUAGAAUAGGUCAGAUUGACCAAAACUCUGUUGUUGGUUCCCUCAAUUGUUUGAGAAGGAAUGAUUGUCGUGCCAUCUACAUGUGAGGAAACUCCAAAACUUUUAAGCAUGUUCAGAAAUACAUGUUUCCAAACAAGAUAAGUGGUGUCGGUGAGUUCAAUUGGGACCAAGAUUUUGAUAUUGACUAUGGGAAGUAGUUAAGACAUGUUAGCCACCAUAAGUUAGUUGUAAGAUGACAAAAUAAAAGUCACACCAAGAAAUUGAUGGCCAGUACUGUAGUUGGAUUUACUAUAGCAAUACUGUUGCGAUGGUACUGUAGCGGUACUGUAGCAAGCAAUAAACGUGACAAAAGUAAUAUGAAAGAAAAGAGAAGGUUUGAUGAUGGGUAUGUGGAUCGACUGGAGAUGGAUAUGGGUAUGUGAAAGAAAAGAGAAGGAGAAGAAAGGGAGUAAUUGGUGGUAGAGGAUCCACCGAAGAUGAUCACUUAUGGCGGCGACUUAUUCUAGGGUUAGGUUUUUGGCUCUGAUACCAUAAAAAUAUGGGUAAAAGCAACGCACCCCUCUCUAGAGUUAUAUUAAUAUUUAUAGAGAUAUGUACAGAUGACUUAGCAUAAAUAGACAUGUACAAAUAAGACAUAGAAGUAAAAAAUAAAAUAAGCCUAAUAUGCUACUAUCAUGAAUACAUCUAAUGCCAUAAAUACAAUAAUACUUUAACAGAAGGAAAGGAAAAAAUGAAAGGAAAGAAGAAGAAAAUGAAAAAAAGAAAGGAAGGGAGAAGGAAAAUAAAGAAAAGAAGGUAGAGGAAAAAAAGAAAACAAAGAAGAAAGAAAAAAAGAAACAAAGAAAGGAAAGAAGGGGAAAAGGAUGGAGGAUAUCCACUAGAUUGCAUGAUUGGGACUGUUGUUGGGACGGGACAAGAUGGUGGGGUGUCCCCUUCUAUGGAGAAAUUGGGACGCCUUUGUCCCAUGGAUUUAAAACCUUGAAUGAAACAACUCAAGAAAUUUCCCAAAUUGACAUGGCUUUUGGUGGUGACGGCAUAAUAGCUGAUGACCAUCUAUGAUGAAGGUAGUAGCUUAGAGAUGGGAAAAUGACAAGCAUGUGCAAUGAUGAGAUGUUAUUACUAACCUCUGUUAUUGCAAACCCAAGCUUUUUUCAAAGAUGUUCUGGACAUUAGUGAGGGGCUUGUCACUGUCAUACAUUGUGAAAAUUAGGACACAGGAAGAAUGGGAACAUUUAAUUAAUUAAUUGUAUUUUACUUGGGCAAUAGCCCAAGUACAUCUAUGUGACAACAAUUACAAUCACCAAGUUGGUAAGCAUAUUACCAACAAUGUAAAAGAACUGUAUAUGUAGAGUCAAAACAUCCUCUAAUCCUAUUAACAUUGGUAUUGCAAUUCUUUGCAUUCUCUCCUCUAACGUGCUUUUUCUCCAUCAUCAUAUAUCCUGCAAUUGUCAAUUUACUUGACAUCAUCAGGUAACCAAACAUGGAAUUGUAUAAGUUUUGCUUACAACAAAAUCAAACUUGAAUAAAUGUGAACAAAGUACCUACAAAUUAUUAAGAUUUGAUAAUCAUUCUCUCCCCCUCUCUCUCAUUGCUUAUUUACUUUUUUAUUUAUGUACUUGUGUUUUUCUCUAUUAGCUAAGAAGGGGACCAGGGAGGUUUUGUUGGGUGAAAUUUUCCAUAAUUUGUCGCUGUGAUCCAAUUAAUUUGCAAAUUCCUAAAUGAACCUGAAAUAAAAAUAGUUGGAUUUUGAUGAUUCUUUCUCAAACUUCAAUCAUUUAAACUUAACAGUUACAAUCAUCAAAAUCUAUUUGGAUGACUCUAAUGGGAUCUUUUUCACCAUUCAUUACUGUUGGGUACUUCAUCCUUUGUUUUUAAUAAGUUUUUUUUAAUGUUUGUAUACUCUUUCAUCUUUCAAAUUUGAAUGCUUGUCACAACUUGAAGGUCCUGAGGCCCUUUGAUCUGCAAGAUCUCUAUAGUUCCUUGCUUCUGUUUCUAUUUAUUCUCAUUCACUGCAUUCCUUUGGUUUUCCUCCUAUCCAGUUUAACAAAAAACUAGUUAGAGCAAAUAAAAGGAGAGGUUUUACUAUGUCUCCUGUGAAAGUAAUUGUAUCUCUUUUCAUAUAUCUAUUUUAUGUUACAAGAGGCUCUAUAUAUAGAGCAAUAAAGGUCCAGAUACAAUGAACUAUCUAGAUACAAUGAACGAUACAAUAAAGAUCCAAAUACAAUGAACCAUUUAGAUACAAUGAACCAUAUAAAUCAUAAUCUCAAUCAAAUAUUCUGUUACCUAAUUGAUCUCCUAAUUGAUAUAUUUCUUAAAUAGGAUUAUUCUCAACACUCCUCAAGAUGGAGCAUAUAUAUAAUGUAUGCCCAGCUUAUUACAAAUGUAAUUUACCCGAGGACCUCUAAGUUCUUUAGUGAAAUGCCAGCUGAUCACUUGAUCCAAAACAAAUGCAGUCGCAAUAUCUCGUGAUUGUAAUUUUUCUCGAAUAAAGUGGCAGUCCACCUCAAUAUACUUAGUCUUUUCAUGAAACAUGGAGUUUGAGGCAAUAUGCAUUGCUGUUUGAUUAUCAUAAAAUAAUUUCAUAGGUUAUUAUUGUGUCUUGCCCAAUUCUCCUAGUAGCUACUUCAAUCAUAUGGACUCACACGUUGGCAGGGCCAUAGCUCUAUAUUCAGCCUCUGCACUUGAAUGGACCACAACAUUCUACUUUUUACUAUUCUAGGAGAUCAAGUUUCCUUCAAACAAUACAUAAUAUCUAGUCAUGGAUCUUCUAUCAGAUAGUGAACCAGCCCAGUUAGCAUCACUAUAGCCAAUUAGUUGAGCAUGACCCCUAUCCUGAUAUAAUAAACCUCUUCCAGGCGCAGUCUUGAUAUAUUUGAUAAUUCGGAUUAUUGCAUCCCAAUGUGCCAUAGUUGGAGAAUCCAGGAAUUGACUUACAACACUAACAGCAAAGAAGAUGUUUGGUUUGGUAAUUGUGAGAUAAUUCAACUUGCCAACCAAUCUUCAAUAUUGCCCACGAUCUGAGAAAGGCUCCCCCUCUCCUAGUACAAGUCUGACUUUAGGGUCCAUAGGAGUAUCAACAAGUUUGGACCCAACUAAUCAAGUUUUCUUCAAAAUAUCCAACACAUACUUCCUCUGACAUAUAUAGAUACCACGUUCAAGUUUUACAAUCUCAAUUCCAAGAAAAUACUUCAGAGAUCCCAAAUAUUUGAUCUAAAACUGUGAAUGCAAAUGAGUCUUAUGUUGAGUAAUACCAACUUCAUCAUCUCUAGUGAUAACUAUAUCAUCAACAUAGACAACUAGAAUUAUUUUUCAUCCCUUAGAAUGUCUGUAGAAAAUAGAGUGAUCUGAUUGAGAUCUCACUAGUCCAAAGUCCAGAAUAGUUGAACUAAAGCGACUAAAUCAGGCUCGAGGAGUUUGUUUUAAGCUAUAUAAUGACUUCUUAAGCUUACAUACUUUGCCAGAGAACUCCUCCUUAGUAACAAAUCUGGAAGGUUGCUCUAUAUAGAUAUUCUCCUUGAGAUCUCCAUGCAAAAAGACAUCUUUUCUUGAUAUCUAGUUGAUGCAGGGUCCAGUGAUGAAUAGUAGCCAAAAAAAGAGCAAACAGACUGAAACAAUCUUAGCUACCGGAGAGAAGGUGUCAUUAGAAUCUAUCUCAGGAAUCCGAGCAUAGCCUUUGGUAACAAUCCGAGCCUUUAGAUGAUCAAUCUUUCCACUAGGAGAUACCUUCACUGUGUACACCCAACGACAUACGACUGUAGACUUAUUAGGUGGCAAAGAUACCAGUUUCCAAGUGCUAUUAGCAUGCAAGGCUGAUAUCUCUUCCAUCAUUGUUGCCCGUCAGCCAGGAUGUGCCAAUGCCUCUAUAGUAAAGUGAGGAACAGAAAUAGAAUCCAAGAAAGAGAGAAGGCCUGUAUAGAGAAUAGAUAAGCGAUGAUAGCUCAAAAAAUUAUAAAUGGGAUGAGUAGCAGUAGUAGCAUGUUUACCUUUUCUAUGUGCAAUAGGCAGAUCAAGUUCAGAAGGUGAUGGUGAUAAUGGACCCGAUGUGGAAGGAGCUAUAGGUACAAGAGAGUUCUCGACAAGUCUCAUCGGAGGGUCAUGCACUCCUUUUGCUACAGCAAUUUUUGCUUGAGGUGCCUUUUGCCUGUGCUGAAAUGUAGUGAGGUCACUUUGUUCUGCUUUCCUAAUAGAAGAAUUUGGAGAGGGCAUGAAAGUAAAUAUUUUUGGAAGAGGAAUAAGAGCGGAUGCAAUGGUGGUGGAUGACUCGGAUGAUGAUGUAGUGGAGUUGGAGAAGAAAGGAGUGGACUUAAAAAAGAUAACAUCGGUGCAAACAAAAUAUUAGUGAAGUUCGGGAGAGUAGCAUCUAUACCCUUUUUGCCCUUGUUAAUAUCUAAGAAAAAUAUAUUUAAUAGGGCAAGUAGAUAACUUAGAUGCACCGAGAGAUAAUUGAUGAACGAAGCAUACACAUCCAAAACAUGUGGGGAUAAUGAUAGGAUGCAUCUUGUGAAAGUAAAAUUGAAAUAAGAAUUUGAUCCUGAAGAACACUAGAGGGCAUUUGAUUAAUUAAAUAACAUACAGUAAGGAGAGCAUCAUCCCAAAAACGAUGAGGAACAUGCAUAUGUAAAAGUAAUGUUCGUGUCGUUUCAACAAGAUGCCUUUUUUUUUCUCAACCACUCCAUUUUGUUGAGUGUGAGAGCACAAGGACCGAUGUAUCAUACUGCGAGAUGAUAUAAAAGAUCGAAAUUAAGUAGAGAAGUAUUCUCGAGCAUUAUCACUAUGAAGAGUAUGAAUAGAAACUCUAAACUGAGUGUUAAUCUCAGCACAGAAAGAAACAAAGAUAGAAAAUACUUCAGAAUAAUUUUGCAUCAAAUAAACCUAAGUUACUCGAGUAUUCAUCAAUAAAAAUAACAAAAUAAUGGUAACCUUGACUUGAGAUAAUACUACAAGGAUCUUAGAUAUUAGAGUGAACAAGAGAAAAAGGAGUGCUAGCUCGUUUAUUGACAUGGCUUGAAAAUUGAGUUUGUGUAUUUUUCAAGCUGAUAUGACUAACAAUUUAAUUCAUUUAUACUAAACAUACAAGGGACCAUCUUCUUUAGGGUAGUCAAGGAUGGGUGCCCAAAACGACUAUGAAUUUGCAAUGAAGUAGCAAUCAUGUAGGCAGUAGGUAACUCAGAGGAAACUGGAGCAUAUAGGCAGUAGAGUCCUUAAGACUCAUGCCUUGUGCCAAUCGUCCUUCCAAUCCUUGAAUCUUGAAUCACAAUAUUAUCAGAAUAAAAGAUUAUGAUACAAUUAAGUUUUUUUGUGAGUUCACUAAUGAAAAUUAACUUAAAAGGAAACUGAGGAAGAAACAAAAUAGAAGACAGGGAUAGGGAUAGGAAAGCAGUACGUGCUACUGUUCCAAUGCCCCAUAUAGGAGUAACAGACCCAUUGGCUAAUAUGACAAAUGGUAGAGCAUUAGGCUUAGUUAAACAAGAGAACAAAUUGGGAUUACUAGAUAUAUGCUCGGAAGAACCAGAGUCAAGAUCUAGGGGCCAAGAGAUGACUGAGGCAUGUAGAAGUGUCCUGAUAGAGCGAGUAAAACAACAAGUUGAGUUGCUUGUCGAGCUGUCUGGCUUCGUAAGAAAUGGGCAUAUUCUUUUGCAAAUUUGACGAUAAUGGAUUGUUUAGUGGGCAGUAUACUACCAACACUGGAAACCUGUCUGUCCUGCAUUGGCGACCUUAGGAGGAAAUCAAUGCAAGGAGUAACAGGUAUCACAACUAUGCCCUCUUGUUGCAGUAACUACAUCUGGGAAUAUUUCUUCACCACCUCUAGUGCCUCUACUACCUCGAGUACCCCCACGAGUGCUAGAGGGUGCUACAUAUAAAUUAGAUUGUAUGAUAAAAAUAGAUCUAUCUCUAGUAGGCACAUGUUCUAGGACAGCUGGAAUGGAGGCUACUCGAAGUAGUCGUGAAAAGACAUCUGUUGGUGAAGAAAUUGAUUCACCACCUAGGAUCUACGUUUGACUAAUUCAUCCUUAGGUCGAAUACUUUACAGACAAAUAAUUGAAAAUAUCUUCUCUAAUUGAGUUUGUUGUACUUUCAAAUCUGUAGUAAAGGGCAUCAAUUCAUUAAAUUCGAUGAAAAGUGCUUGCAAUUGGCCCAAGUGUGUUUGCAUAUCUAUAUUGGCCUGUCUCAGUGGAAACAGAUGGGAGAGCUUGUGACAUCACUAGUGUAGAGCUCAUGAGCACGAGUCCACACCUCUUUACAUAUCCAAUAAGGACAAAAUAUAACCAUCAAGGAUGGAUCCAUGGCUUGCUACAAAAGACUAAGUAGUUGUGCAUCAAUCUUCUUUUGGGUGGCUUGAUCAGAUGUCUAAAUAUCAUAUAUGAAUUUGGAGAGAUGAUCUUCCUGCUCUUGACCCAUAAGCCAGACCUCGACAGUUGCACUCCAGUCAGAAAAAUUUUUGCUAUUCAGCUUCGUGGUGGUGAUUACAGUGUUGCUAGAGAUUGGAAGACUUGUGAUGUUGGUGACUUUGGAAUCAUUUUUUUAAUACAUUCUUGCAUAUGACGCCGGUGGACAAAGAAGUAGAUAUGACUUCAGCGAGGGAAGCCAAUGCAAUGAGAAGUCUCGCCUUCGAUCGGUGAGUGGUGCGUAGUGCAGUGAUGACACCUUCAAUUGAUGAAUGUGGGGUGGUGGUGCAGAAAACUGGACUCUCAGAAAUUAAAUUACUCUCAUGAAAUGCUCUAAUACCAUGUGAAAGUAAUAAUUGUAUCUCUUUUCAUAUAUGUAUUUUAUGUUACAAGACGCUCUAUAUAUAGAGCAAUAAAAGUCCAGAUACAAUGAACCAUCUAGAUAUAAUGAACUAUAUAAAUCAUGAUCUCAAUCAAAUGUUCUAUUAUCUAAUUGAUCUCUUAAUUGAUAUAUUUCCUAAACAGGAUUAUUCUUAACAUCUCCAAUGGUCGAAUUCUCAAAUAUGGCAUGAAAGGCAACUGAUAUGCUGCCAUUCAGUGAUUUAGUUUAUGAAGUUACUUUUUAUUGUUACUAAUCAAAUAAGGAGACUUGAUCUGUAUCUUUGCUAUUUUACUACUGCAUUAUUACAUGGAUACAUGUGAAUUCAAGUUUAGAAGCAACAAGAUAUUAAAUUUUUUACUUUUUCGAAUGAGUUUGAUGGAAUACAGUUGGACAUGAUCUUUCAUCAACCUACACUCAUAUGCCAUAAAACUAAUUUUGAAUGAGUUUUGCUUAAAAAGCUACUGAUUGUGGGAGAAAACCUUGUAACUCAUAGGCUCCAUCUGCUCUUUUAGUGCCUUGAAAAUGUGUAUGAGUGUAUCUAAAUAGAAAUGUAUAAGAGUCAUCUUGUGAUUCAAUAAUGCUGGUGCACAUGCAUUCAGUUACUUAUAUUUCUGAUGCUGAUCAAAACAAUCAUAGGAAAUUUCCUGUUUGUUUCUAACAAACUAUAGUACAGUGAAAUGCCGUAUGCUUUUUGAUUUCUUUUGCUUUUACUCUUAAUUGACAGGAUCAAACUAAUCCUCAAAUCAGCAGAAAAGAAGAUUCUGAGAAAGAAUUCGUAGAACUUAGUACGACGGGAGCCAUAGUAUUUGUUAUAGCAGCAUCUACUUUCCUGGUGCUUCUAUUUUUUUUUAUGUCCUCUUGGUUUGUUUGGCUGCUGAUUGUCUUAUUCUGCAUAGGCAGUACUGAGGGAAUGCAUGUCUGCAUGGUGACACUUGUUUCAAGAAUUCUUAAAGGUUGUGGGCGGAUGACUAUAAGUCUUCCCGUUCUAGGGGAGGUUUCGAUUCUGUCUAUGUUGGUUUUACCAUUCUGUAUGGCAUUUGCCAUUUCUUGGGCUGUAAAUCGGAAUUCACCUCAUGCCUGGAUUGGGCAAGAUGUUCUUGGCAUCUGUCUGAUGAUUACAGUGUUGCAAGUGGCCCGCUUACCUAAUAUAAAGGUUGCAUCAGCUCUUCUUACCUCUGCAUUUUUCUACGAUAUAUUCUGGGUGUUUCUUUCACCCUUGAUAUUCCAUAAAAGUGUUAUGAUUGCGGUUGCCCGUGGUGAUAAUAGUGGUGGAGAAGCCAUCCCAAUGCUUCUAAGAAUUCCUAGAUUUUCAGACCCUUGGGGUGGCUAUGACAUGAUUGGUUUUGGUGACAUUCUAUUCCCUGGCUUGCUUGUUGCUUUCAGUUUCAGAUAUGGAUUAAAGAUUCAUGCACAUACACAUACAUGGAGGCAGCGAAGUGGGGAGGGAUGGAGAUUGAUUGGGACCUCAGAAGUUUGCGGGCAGAGAGCUUGAUCUAGGACUUGGGAGGAGGAUACAUUGUGCAAAGGGAGAUUUUUAUUUUAGAUAGGAUCUUGAGAAGGGAGGGAUUAGCUAAAGUUUAUUGCAGGAUUCGAUGGGUGAAC